GGCUUCCCGUCCUUGUGAUCCUUGUGACCCAGUUUUGCUCUCAACACGGUGCUAUAAACUCUAUGUGAAGGAGCUCAACAAAGAGCAAAACCCUUGCGUAACGAUAAAAUGGAAAAGUGCUUUGCUUUUACACCUACACAAAGCAGCGCUUGUCAUGUCCGGUCACGUUGCCAUGCGCCAGCCGUCGUGCAGCGGCCCUUCCGGGCCCUUGUCCAAUCACCGCUCCCACAUGGCGCAAACCUUGCUUGCCGAACAGUAGCUGGUGAUAGACCUCAAGUUCUUGAGACGUCAAACGGCAAUGGAGUAGCCAGCCCAAGCGCACCUGCGCCAUCCGCGCCAACUGUUUGCGUCCCGGAGGACUUCGUGCUUGCACCAGGAGAGCUUAGCCUUGUGGACCGUACCGGUCUCAACCUGCCUGACGAUGUCUUCCGCUGCUUCGGCUGCACACAACCUGCUUGCCAGGGUUCCGGUGGCUGCGCUGCCAACCAGUGGCGAUUCCAGCCGGACGGCUACCUGAGGGCCAUCCUCACAGCGCGCGUGUACGACGUUGCGAUCCAGUCCCCCCUGGAGGAGGCUCGCAAGCUGAGCGAGGCGGUGGGCAACACGGUGCUGCUGAAGCGGGAGGACCUGCAGCCCGUCUUCUCCUUCAAGCUGAGGGGCGCCUACAAUAAGAUGGCCAAGCUGCCUGCUGAGGCGCGCGCGCGGGGCGUCAUCACCAGCUCGGCGGGCAACCACGCGCAGGGGGUGGCGCUGGCGGCAUCACGCAUGGGCUGCACCGCCAUCAUCUGCAUGCCCGUCAACACCCCCGAGAUCAAGGUGGCCAAUGUGCGCAAGCUGGGCGGCCAGGUGGUGCUGGUGGGCGAGAGCUACCAGGAGGCGCAGGCGGCGGCGGUGGCCAGGGCGGCGGCGGAGGGGCUCACCUUCAUCCCGCCGUACGAUGAUCCGUACACCAUUGCGGGGCAGGGCACCAUUGGGGAUGAGAUCCUGCGACAGGUAUCCGACCCUGACAAGCUGGACGCCAUCUUCGUGCCGGUGGGCGGCGGCGGCCUCAUCGCGGGCAUUGCGGCGUUCACCAAGGCACUCAAACCCGACAUCAAGGUGAUUGGUGUGGAGCCCAGCGGCGCCAACGCCAUGGCCAUCUCGCUGGCUCGGGGGCAGCGGGUGGCGCUGUCCCGGGUGGAUGCGUUCGCGGAUGGGGUGGCGGUGAAGCAGGUGGGCCAGGAGACGUUCCGCCUGUGUCGCCAGCUGGUGGACGGGGUGGUGCUGGUGGACAACAGCGCGGUGUCGGCGGCCAUCAAGGACGUCUUCAACGAGACGAGGUCCAUCCUGGAGCCGGCGGGGGCGCUGGCGGUGGCGGGGGCCAAGGCGUGGCUCAAGCGGAACGGCAUGAAGGGUUCCACCGUGGUUGCCGUCACCAGCGGCGCCAAUAUGAACUUCGAGCGGCUGCGGCUGGUGGCUGAGCUGGCCAAUGUGGGCGGGCGCACGGAGGCAACCAUCACAACUACCAUCCCGGAGCGGCCGGGGGCGUUCAAGGAGUUCAUCGACACGGCGGUCUCCUCCGACUCCGACCUCUCCGUCACCGAGUUCAAGUACCGCUACUCGGCGGGCAGCACAGCGCAGGUGUUGUGGGGUGUUGCCAUCCGCCACCCCGAGCAGCUGGCGGCGCUGCUGGAGCGGCUCAACGCGGCGGACAUGACCUCCACCGACAUCAGCGGGCUGGAGGUGGCGCAGGUGCACCUGCGGCACCUGGCGGGGGGUCGCGCGCGCUCCUACACGGGGCGCAUUGAGGACGAGAAGAUCAUCCAGGUUGUCUUCCCCGAGCGCCCGGGUGCGCUGCGCCGCUUCCUGGACGUGGUGUCGCCCGCUUGGAACGUGACGCUCUUCCACUACCGCACCUCGGGCAACCGGGAGAGCAGUGUGCUGCUGGGGGUGCAGGUUCCCGCCUACGAUGAGGGCCGCUUCACUGCCGCGCUGAACGCGCUGCGGUGCGACAGCGGCGAGGGCUUCUCCUUCAGCGAGCUGCAGGGGGCGGUGCGGGAGGUGUUUGACCAGUUCAUUCAGUGAGGCACGAGGAAGGGAGGGAGUGGUAAGAGAGAAGCAGGGAAUGGAUUCCCACUUCCUGAAACAGUGUGCUUGCUGGUUUUUUAGUGGGUAGCGUAAGGGGUGAUGAGGGUGUUCCAGAUGCUGGCUGGAGGGGCCUGCCCAGGGGUCCUUGGUAGGAGGGUGGGGCUUAGAAGGGUAGGGGAUAGAGAAGUGGCUACUCCCGGAGAGGGGAGGCGGGAGGGGAAGGGGAGUUUGGCAAGGUCCGUGAUACACUCGCACUUGGCAAGCACGCAAUCAACACAAUCGAUGUACGAUACGUUGAAAAAGGGUGUGCGAGGGGUGCUUCCAACCCGGGUGUGGAUAGCACCUGUGUCUCGGAAUCUCGGAUGAGCCUUAAUGAGUUGAUACCGGAGUAAUGGUGACGCUGGGACAGGUGCAGGGGCAACGUGGCAACGAGCGGUAUAGCUGACAGCGUGCAUAGGCGACAGAGUGGGGCGUAGGGCUUGGGGUAGUACUGCCAGUGCAUGGGGUUAUGCCAGGGUUCUGGGCGUCUUUGGCUGACCGAGGCAAGGUGGUGGGUUGGGACAGCCACUCAACUGGCCGCAGUCUUACAAGGACCACAGACUGACAUUGACCAAGGGUGGGUGUAGGUGAAAGGUGGUGGGUGGGGGUUUGCUUGGCAUGGCGUGGCGUGGCUAGGAGGCAGGGAGGGGGUGAGGUAACUGACGCAUGCUGCGGUCGAGCGGUCCACAUGCGGCAAGGGGGGGGCGGAUGUACGUGCGGAUGCAUGUGCGGGAUAUGUAGGGGCAGACGCCCUGACCUGCACCUUUCCUUGACGACUCACUGCUGUGUAGUUGCAUAAUGAUGUGUACGAUACGGAACUUGUCCGCACGUGCUUGCAUCUCUCCUGUUAGAGCGUUGCAGGCAGGGCAAGCAGGUCAGUGAUUGCUGCUGGCAUGCUGGCCUUGUUGUCACAGUCGCGUUCGUGAGCCAGGAAUUUGUGCGUUUGCAACUCCCUUUUAUGUAUGUUACGUGGAGUGUCACAUGUUAGCACGUUGCUGCUCGUGGAGGUGUAUACGUUCGCAGCUAGCUGUUGAGAAGAGAACAGCGGAGCUAAUGAUCGGUAGUGAGCGCUGGCCACCGGUGUACGGUGGAUGGGCCUGCAGGAGACGUGUAAGGCCACGGGGCCAUGCGCAUGCGUUCAUGCGGGGCUUUGAGGGGGAGAUAGAUGCUCCCCAGGAUGACCCGCGUCCGUGUGUCUGUAACGGUGGAACAUACAACAUGCCAGUAGUGAUUGAUGGCAGAAACACAUGGCAAAAGAGGGG